AGGAAAGACGUUCCUCCUCUCCUUUGUUGAUGAUGGCUUCUUGGGGUGGCUCGUCUGCAAUAACUCUGCUAUGUUUAGCCAGCCUGUUGUCCAGCAUCACUUGGUACAUGGUCGACGAUCAUAGUGUGCUGGCCUCUUACAAACCUCCCGCUCAGAAGAAAAGUUCCCCGAGUGUGCUUUGUAAAGGCUGCAGGAAACUCAUUGACGACGUGUUGAAGCGUUAUUCUCAAACGUGGGAGAAGAACGAGGAGAGCUACCGGAAUUUCACGUCCAAGCUGAGCAGCUCGUGUCGAGGGUUCGAGAAAGCCAUCAUCACCCAGGCCAACACACCCGUGGGAACCACUAUCGUCUACGAUGCCGAAACGUCCAAGACGCUACGAGUGACGCCGCAAAUCUUCAAAACAUUCAUCAAGGAGCAUCCAUUCUCCAACGAGACGUUCGACACGUGCGCCGUUGUGGGAAACGGCGGCAUCCUGGUGGACAGCGGCUGCGGGAAAAGGAUCGACUCGGCUCGAUUUGUGAUGCGGUGCAAUCUACCUCCUCUGAGCGAAGAGUACGGCAAAGACGUGGGCGUCAGGACGGACCUCGUGACGGCCAACCCGAGCAUCUUCAAAGAAAAGUACAACUCACUGUCGGGACGCCGGCGGGACUUGAUGUCGAGACUCCAGAAUUACGGCAAGUCCCUCAUCCUCCUUCCCGCCUUCUCGUUCCCCACGAACACCGAAGUGUCUCUGCGGGUGGCCUUCACCCUUGAGGAUUUCAGCAGUCCCUCUCGCGCCAUCUUCUUCAACCCGGACUACCUGCGCAACCUCUCCCGCUUCUGGGCUGCCAACGGCCUCAAGUCCAAGCGGCCCAGCACGGGUAUCAUGAUGGCCAGCUUGGCAUUGGAGGUGUGCUCCGACGUGCACCUCUACGGCUUCUGGCCCUUCGCCAACCACCCGUACGACCUCUACACACUGACUAAUCAUUACUACGACGACAAGAAGGUCAACACCAAGUUCCACGCCAUGCCCGCCGAGUUCAACCUGUUGCUCAAGCUGCACAGUCGGGGCGUGCUCAGGCUUCACCUCGGACGCUGUCCAACCGAUAAAAAGCCGUGACUCAUUUGCACUGGAGAAAACACUGAAGACUUUUCAAAUUGGAAGGAUGAGCUACUGUUUUUAAAAGCCACAUUGAGGCAUUUGAAGGAUCUCACAAAGUGCAAUUAGAUUGUUUUUUUUUUUUUCAAAAGGAACGAGAAUUCUGUCAUCCCUUCAUGGAAAGAGUCUUCCAGAUCUUCUCAUCCAGGAAUUGUCAGAUGCUCGUUGUUUUUUGUUAAAUGCAGAUUUUACUCAAUUGACUUGGGGGACACAACUGUGAAUUGAGCAUUUUGGGUGAGAAUUGGGGGGCUUUUGUUGUUCUUUUGGAUGGUUCCUAUCAUUCGCUCACAUUGAUUGUUGUUCAUGUUGAACCCGCACAAACUGGAGGUACUUGUUGGGAACAUUAAUAAGCCAGAAAUGAGCCAAAGCGCUGUUCAGUGCUGACGCAUAAGAAGCAAACGUUUGCUAGAUGCACUGAGAAGAAGACAUUCUGUUCUUUUGAAGGCAACUUCAUUGGAGGUUAACAUGUUAGUGCCUGAUUAGCAUCAGAAUAAAAAUAUAUCAAUGUUGAAAAUAAAAGCUUUGCUGUUAACUGUU